AUGACAACUUUUGUCCAACAUCCAAUAAAGUAUCUUCGAUAUGCAGCGCGCGAGAAGCCGUCUUACUUUUGGAGCUUGGUGCUUGGAAUUGCUGGCCCAGUGGCGGUGAUCGCAGUUCCCAAGAUCAGAAAAGACUACUUUGGCUAUGUUCCGCCAGAAUCAUGGCCUAAAUCAUAUCCACGUAAGCUGGCAUACUUUUGA